AUGCGCCACUGCAGCCCGCUGCUCAAAGUUUUGGAGCGUUGUGGAAGUGAGGCGGGUGCUGCUCUGAGCGUCAACAUGAUCGCUCUGGUGUUUACCAGCGUCCUGGCAGGACUGCUGGCCCUGCUUCUCUACCAGAGGAUCACUUAUCCCUUCUUGUGGGCGGAUUUGAUUUAUUACUUCAAACUUCAGGGCUACAGGAAGACUUUGCAGGCUCGCAUGCGGCAAGGGAUCAUCACAUACCUCGACUGUUUUCUCCACCAGGCCAGGAAAAACCCGAACAAACCCUUCAUAAUCUUCGAAGAGCAGACGCUGACAUAUCGGGACGUGGACCGGAGAAGCAACCAGUUUGCGAGCGCGCUCAGGACGCAGGGCUCCGUGAGACAAGGAGACAUUGUUGCGCUGUGGAUGUUCAACGAGCCGGACUUUAUUUGUGCGUGGCUGGGGCUGUGUAAACUGGGCUGUGAAGUGGCCUUUCUCAACGUCAACAUUAAAGCCAGAUCUCUGCUUCAUUGCCUUCAGAGCUGUGGGGCCAAGACGCUUGUUGUUGGUGCAGAUUUGGCGCAUUGGUUGGAGGAGGUGCUGCCUGAUCUGAAGGACAACAUGGCUGUGUGGGUGGUGGAUCACACAUCACCCUCUGAGGAUUUUGGCACCUUACUAGAUAAGCUGGAACACAUGUCUGGUGAACCUUUAAGUGACCUUCCUAAAGUUGACAUCAUGUCAAACUUUCUCUUCAUUUUUACGUCAGGCACUACAGGUCUCUCCAAGGCAGCCCGUGUAGGUCAUCUGAAAGCCAUUGUGAGCAUGUCCUUCUUUCAAAUGUGUGGAGCAACAUCUGAUGACAUCAUCUACAUCACUCUUCCUCUGUACCACAUGUCUGCUUCCCUGUUAGGGAUUGGAGGGUGCAUACAACUAGGUGCAACAUGUGUGUUGAAAAAGAAGUUUUCUGCCAGUCAGUUUUGGAAGGACUGUGUGAAACACAACGUGACUGUGGUGCAGUACAUAGGAGAGCUCUGUCGAUACCUGGUCAACCAGCCCACGGUCCCAGAGGAGAUGGCCCACAGUGUUCGGCUGGCAGCAGGAAGCGGUCUCAGGUCAGAUGUUUGGAGGGAGUUUCUCCAACGCUUUGGUAAGGUCAAGAUCAGAGAGGGUUACGGCCUGACUGAGGCCAGCAUCGGCUUCCUCAACUACACCGAUGAAGUUGGACCAAUUGGGAGGGCGAGCUAUUUCAACAAGCUUUCUAUGCCGUUUGAGCUCCUGAGAUAUGAUCCACAAACAUACGAGCCAGUCCGAACAGACUCUGGAAGAGGCAUACGAGCACAAAAGGGAGAGGCAGGGAUCCUGGUAGCUCCUCUGACAGCCAUGAACCAGUUCUUGGGCUACGCAGGGAACAAGGUCCAGUCUGAGAAGAAGCUGCUCAGGGAUGUGUUCAAAGCUGGUGAUGUCUAUUUUAACACUGGAGACCUCCUGCUCCACGAUAACAAGGACUUUCUUUACUUCCGUGACCGCGUCGGAGACACCUUCAGGUGGAAAGGAGAGAAUGUUUCCACCACAGAGGUGUCAGAGGUUUUAGGUCUUCUUGAUUUUAUCCAGGAGGUCAACGUCUAUGGAGUCACCGUCCCAGGGUAUGAAGGCCGAGCAGGUAUGGCUGCCAUCGUCUUAAAACAGGAUCACAAACUCAGUGGAACAAAGCUCUACAACCAUCUAGUAAAAACACUUCCUGCGUAUGCCUGGCCGUGGUUUCUCAGAAUACAGACCUCUCUGGAUGUGACCGAGACCUUCAAGCAGCAGAAGGUGAAGCUGGUCCGGGAGGGUUUUAAUCCGGACGUCACCCAGGAUCCUCUGUAUUUCUUAGAUGUCUCUCAGAAAGACUACGUUAUCCUGACUGCAUCACUAUAUCAAGACAUUGUGUCUGGAAAGAUCAGCUUAUAAACAUUAGGACAAGUUUGUUAUCUGUGCCAGAGUCAGGGGCUCCCAACAUCUUUAAAUUUCAGCCGAUAAGACAAGGCUGUCUCUACCUCUUCUCACAGUUUUCAUAUGCCAGCAACAACUGAUUCUUCUUCCUCAGACGGUUUUUGAGCAUUUUUAUCUGCCAGAGGAGGUAAAAUUCACAAAAAGAGAAGCCAAGACUUACAAAAACAAUUGGAGAGCAGAAACUUUUUCCUGCUUUCUAUCCAACAAAUCACAAAAUAAAGCAUCCAUUUUUAUGACGCUAUUUAGUAUCUUGUUUUAUGAAUAAUGAAAGAGAAUUAAAAUUGUCAAAAUUUAAACAAACUUCCAUGAAGAGUAUUCUUAUUUAGUAACUUUCUGUAGAAAUAGUGUCCAGAGCCUACAUUUUGCUCAACUUAAAAAAGAAGCAGGCCUUUAUUAGAAGCAGGCUUAUAUUGAAGUCUAACUUUGCCUUUUUAUAUUUGAUCAUAUUUUAGUAAGACGCCUCCCUGUGUCCUGGUCUGUUCUCUCCAUGUUUCCACCUUCUCCAUAUUUAUAUGUUUUCUGUAAAUUCAGUAUCAUUUAUCAUAUGUCCAUUUCCAUAGUACUAAUUCCAUCAAUACAACAACAGUCUUUUUUGAGUCUUUUUCUACAGAGUAUUUACAAUUAAUUCUUUUUGUUAGAUAUUCAGUUGGUAUUAUCAAAUAUCAGCUCAUGCCAUCCCACAGUUGUAGGUGAGGUGGUGUAUUAUCAAUCCAUCUGAGCAUUGUAUUUAUAUAGUGAACAAAUGCAUGAAUAUUAAGCAACCAUCUCUGAGGAGAGCCUUUACUAUACAGUAAGGCCUGGGUGAACCAAGAAGCAAAACCUGAAGUGCAGUGUCCAACUGAACAUCACUUUCUCUUUUUAACAGAAAUGCAUGUUUUGUUCACUUAUUUACACUGAUGCUCUACUACUCUACUUUUUUUUUGUACUCGCUGUUAAGUUACCAUAUAAAAUUAGCUGCAUGUGUUUCAUAUUAAAUGUGCAUGGUGAAACUCUUAAUGCAUUUAUACUCAAUGUUUCAUGGAAAUUAUAAUUUAUAAUAUAAGUUAAGAUAUCAUUUUGUACAGUAUGUUUCAUAAGCCAUAGGGGCAGAAAUCCAGAUAAAAUGUAGGCGUGUUGAUUAAUUCUCUACAAACAUGUGUCGAAUAUGUAAGUGUGACUCCCUGAUCCUGUAACAGUGUACUUACGGAUGCCAUUUAUUUUUGUUCAUUCUAGCCUAAACUUGGUCGCUUCAACGUCUAGAUGGCUCGAAAUUUGAAAGCUGUGGUUCAUUAUAUGCUUUAAGUAUACAUUUUCAACCUUAUCAGUGUCAAAACUAGCAUUAGAAUCCAUAUUUGUUGUGUGUAAACUUGACAGACCUUCUCUCAGUCCUGUGGCAUCCAAUAUAUAUCUGUACAUGGUAUAUAAUGUUCAUAUAUGUGAGCGUGCAUGUGUAUACAUACUUUAUAUGUAUAUAAGAUAAAUUAAUAAAUAUAUAGUGCG